ACUUUCCCAAGUCAACUGCUGUGGUCAGAGCAGCUUUGGUGUGGCCUAUGGAGGAUUGACUUGAUACAUCGAUUCGCUUGCUCUCCUGACGGCCGUCGGACUGUAUGUGACUCUACCCUUUCGCUCGCGAACUUACCCAUGAUUGUGAUGAAGGGAGAGUUGCGGAAGACCCACCGCUAG